ACUUAAGGCACUUCCGUAUUUAAUUUUACGGACCAUGUACAUUAAGACCAUGGUCUUUAAUGCACUAUUGUUAGCAUUUCGAGUUAAGUAGAGCACAGUAUUGUUAACAAAAUAUCCGAGUCGACACACAAAGUCCACCAGGAACAGAGUCCAGCUACACCCCACAUUUUCGAAGUUUUAAAAAAAGCGUUUCGCGUCGAGCACCAAAUUUGCGGUCUUGGGACAUAAAUCAACCGUGAUCACAUUAGCCUAGAAUUAAAAAAUGCAUUCAGUUGGCAUUCAUUCCGCAAUGGCGAUUAAGCGGCAAAGAAAACGAAGAGAUGAGCAAAAAAGAGCACGAGAAAGGCGCUACAGCACACAAAGCUCUGAGAGUGGAGAAACUUUUCAUUCUCCAACUGGAUCUAUGAGACGCAAAUAUAACCAUCCCCAUCAUGUGGCUAGUUCUGGUACAGGAAUGCUUGAUAGCCAGGUUGUUACCAGUAUUGGAAUGUUGCAUAUUGGUAUUGUGUUCGUUGUGUUUGGAGUUUUUCUGUGCGGCGCCGGUAUUAUUCCAGAUGAAACUAUGUCCUGGAAUGUAUUUAGUACUAGCUCAGCCUGGUGGAAUGAAGUUACUUGCACCGGAUUAUUUUCCCUCGGAUUGGGUUUAUUUUUACUAAUUUUAAACUGCCUUAUAAGUCGGAAGGAGGAGGAGGACCUUGAGGACUACGUGCAGCGGCAACUGACAAGAUCUCGCUCAGGACACCGACUUGAGCGAGAUGUUGAAACUGGUGUAUUGACCACGCGCCAUGCUCGAAAGGCUGUUGCCUUACAAAAAAAUGGACGUAACAUUUCUCCAACUGAUGUUGCCAUCGUAAAUUGUGGUUCUACAGAAACCAUAUGCAAUGGACCAAUAGUUGCAAGAAAUGGCUUAAACAGCUCAGGUGAUGUUAUUCUCGAAAAAAUUGUGGAGGAGGACACUCCUUAUUUAAAUGACCGCAGUACUGGAAUAUCUCCGAUCGAAAUAGAAAAUGAUACAAAACGUCUGUUAAGAAGGGAGUCUAUAAAUGAUUCAAUCAAUAUAACGCGAAUAUAAAAUACAAUCAUUUUAAUAAUAUGUAAUAUGUGUUAUUUUAUAUCUACGUAGCUUUUAAAAU